AUGGAAUUUCAUAUGCUUUUAGGCUUUUACAUUAUAUCGAACAUUGCAAAGCUCGAGUUUGUAGCACUUGAAGUUAGUAAGAAAAACUAUGUGUCAUGGAUGAUAGAUGUAAAAAUGCAUCUUGAGUCCAUGGGAAUCUCAAAUGCUAUAUAUGAAUUUAAUAAUUGUUUGGCACAAGACAAAGCAAAAGCACAAGUUUUCCUUCGUAAGCAUAUUGAUGAAAUGUUAAGAUUUGAAUAUCUUGAUGUUACUGAUCCAAGUAUUCUCUGGAAUCUUUUGAAAGAAAGAUUUGAUCAUCAAAAGGAGUAUUGUGGACAAGAAGUUACUGUUGAAGAUAUGUUGGAGAAAACCUACUCCACAUUUCAUGCAACAAACAUUACCUUGAUGCAACAAUAUCGGAUGCAAAAGUUCACAAGAUAUUUUGAACUAAGUGCAUGCUUGCUUGUUGCAGAGCAAAACAACGAGCUCUUGAUGAAAAACCAUGAAUCUCGUCCAUCAAGAUCAGUAGCACUUCCUGAAGCAAAUGCUACAAAUACUGAUGGUCAUCGAAACAAUACACGUGGAUGA